UUGCGUGCGGCGGAGGUGGCGGCGCGGGCCGGUCGGAGCUCCGCGUUGCUGCUUCUGGUGCUCUUAUCGCCGCCGUCGCUGUCCGACUGUCUUGGACCGCCGAGCGGACGAGCGCCGGACGCAGGGACAUCAGCACCGGACGCGGCUCGGCGCGGGGCCCGGCGGGAGGGUGGGCGAGCGCGUGUCGGAGGGCGCCGCGCGGGCAGGCGGGCGGGCGCCCGUGAGGGAAAGAGGCGGGGGCGGCGGGUCAGCCGCGGGCCGGGCCGGCCGGGGGAUGUCGAUGCCUGACGCGAUGCCGCUGCCCGGUGUCGGGGAGGAGCUGAAGCAGGCCAAGGAGAUUGAGGACGCCGAGAAGUACUCCUUCAUGGCCACCGUCACCAAGGCGCCCAAGAAGCAAAUCCAGUUUGCUGAUGACAUGCAGGAGUUCACCAAAUUCCCCACCAAGACUGGCCGACGAUCAUUGUCUCGCUCUAUUUCUCAGUCCUCCACUGACAGCUACAGUUCAGCUGCGUCCUACACAGAUAGCUCUGAUGAUGAGGUUUCCCCCCGAGAAAAGCAGCAAACCAACUCCAAGGGCAGCAGCAAUUUCUGUGUGAAGAACAUCAAGCAGGCAGAAUUUGGACGCCGGGAGAUUGAGAUUGCAGAGCAAGACAUGUCUGCUCUGAUUUCACUCAGGAAACGUGCUCAGGGGGAGAAGCCCUUGGCUGGUGCUAAAAUAGUGGGCUGUACACACAUCACAGCCCAGACAGCGGUGUUGAUUGAGACACUCUGUGCCCUGGGGGCUCAGUGUCGCUGGUCUGCCUGCAACAUCUACUCAACUCAGAAUGAAGUGGCUGCAGCACUGGCUGAGGCUGGAGUUGCAGUGUUUGCUUGGAAGGGCGAGUCAGAGGAUGACUUCUGGUGGUGUAUUGACCGCUGUGUGAACAUGGAUGGGUGGCAAGCCAACAUGAUCCUGGAUGAUGGGGGAGACUUAACCCACUGGGUUUAUAAGAAGUAUCCAAACGUGUUUAAGAAGAUCCGAGGCAUUGUGGAAGAGAGCGUGACUGGUGUUCACAGGCUAUAUCAGCUCUCCAAAGCUGGGAAACUCUGUGUUCCAGCCAUGAACGUCAAUGAUUCUGUUACCAAACAGAAGUUUGAUAACUUAUACUGCUGCCGAGAAUCCAUUUUGGAUGGCCUGAAGAGGACCACAGAUGUAAUGUUUGGUGGGAAACAAGUGGUGGUGUGUGGCUAUGGUGAGGUGGGAAAGGGCUGCUGUGCUGCUCUCAAGGCCCUCGGAGCAAUUGUCUAUAUCACAGAAAUUGACCCUAUCUGUGCUCUGCAGGCCUGCAUGGAUGGGUUCAGGGUGGUAAAGCUAAAUGAAGUCAUCCGGCAAGUUGAUGUUGUAAUAACUUGCACAGGAAAUAAGAAUGUAGUGACACGGGAGCAUUUGGAUCGCAUGAAAAACAGUUGUAUCGUAUGCAAUAUGGGACACUCAAAUACGGAAAUUGAUGUGACCAGCCUCCGCACUCCGGAGCUGACAUGGGAGCGAGUACGUUCUCAGGUGGAUCAUGUGAUCUGGCCAGAUGGCAAACGCGUCGUCCUUCUGGCAGAGGGUCGUCUGCUCAAUCUGAGCUGCUCCACAGUUCCCACCUUUGUUCUUUCCAUCACAGCUACAACACAGGCUUUGGCACUGAUAGAGCUCUAUAAUGCGCCUGAGGGACGAUACAAGCAGGAUGUAUAUUUGCUUCCUAAGAAAAUGGAUGAGUACGUUGCCAGCUUGCAUCUGCCAUCAUUUGAUGCCCACCUGACGGAGCUGACAGAUGACCAAGCAAAAUAUCUGGGACUCAACAAAAAUGGGCCAUUCAAACCCAAUUAUUACAGAUACUAACGGACCAUAUUACCAAGGACCAGUGCACAUGAACCACACAACUCUAAAAGAAAUAUUUUUUAAGAUAACCUUUAUUUUCUUCUUAAUCCUUUCCUCUUGAUUUUUUUUUCUCCCCUAUAAUUUCUUUCUUGUUUUUUCAUCUCAUUAUCCAAGUUCUGCAGACUACACAGGAACUUGCUUCGUGGCUCUUUAGAUGAAACUGAGAUUUAAGGUUUCUCACCCUAGUCACUAAAGAAGGAUUUUACUCCCCCAGCCCAGAAAAGUGAUUCUUUCUUUACCAUUUCUGGGGACUUUAUAGUCUUAAUUGGGUACCUUAUUAACAGGAAAUGCUAAGGUACCUUCUAUGUGGAACAAUCUGCAAUGUCUAAAUUGCCUUAAAAGAGCCCAUUUCUUAGCUGCUGAAAUCAGUGCUCUUUCACUUCUUCAGAGGAGCAGGGAUGGUACCUACCAGGCAGGUAGGUUAGAUGUAGGUGGUGCAUGUUAAUUUCCCCUAGAUGUUCCAAGCCCUGUUUCCUGUAUAAAGGUGGUAUGUUUGGUUCAGAGAUGUGUACUAGUGAAUGUUGCUUGUUAAGAUCCGGUAGGCCCACUUGGAUUUAGUACAGCCCUUCCUCCACUCCCACCAGACCCUCUCAUUUUCCAAGUUUUUAACCAGAUUGUACUCUAUUAAGUUGAAUUUUCGUCCCCUAGCAUUUAUUUCUAUUGGGUUUUGUGUUUUUUGGUUUUGGGUUUUUUUUGUGGUUUGUUUUUUUUGUUUGGUUUGUUUUUGUUUUUUUGUUUUUUGUUAUUUGUUUGGUUUUUAUUUUUUUGUUUUUUAGUAAGAAAAAUGUUUAGUUUUAAUACUGAGGAGCUGCUUGAGUGGUUUGUUGUUAUCAGUUUAUCUUUUGAACCUUUGGAGCUAAAAGUGCAGAGUUGAGUCUAGAGAAAUGCUGAUCUCAAACUCUGAUGAUCCCUCUUUUUCUAGUCCAUAGUUUAUAGCAUCAGUGAACUGGGGUCAUAACAGCAAAUUUUAUCAACCCAUCUCUGCCCCAUCAGCUUGUGCUGAAAGCAAAUUUCUUGAGCCAUUACUCAGUAUACAGCACUGAGCUCUAUCUUUAGGAUUUAUCCUUUAAGAGCAAAUUUCUAAUCAGCUGUGCUUCUGCAAUUUAAAGUACUUAAAGGGAGGUAGAUGGUGGAUGGGAGGAGGAGAGAUAAAUUGGGUCAGGAUGAGGGAAAUUAGCUCCAUAUAACUUGUCUGGGACUUUGGGCCCCAUAUAACAUUAGUUUUACAGAAGCAGUACCACUUUUGAUUGACACAUGUCACAGAAAGUUUUUGAACUGAGAUCUUAAAGGGCAGUUUGUGCAUAGAGAAAGUAAUCAGUAUGUCCUGGCUCACGCUCUGAAAGAAUCCCCAGAGAGGCUCUCUCAGAGAUCAGAGAGUAUAUUCCCAUGCCAUGCACCCUGCUUACCAGCGUUUCUGCAUGGUCAGAUGAGCUUUAUGCUCGUGAGCUUUAAGUGUAUAAUUAUCCAGGAUGCUAAUUCCUCAGCUUGUUCUAGCUGGUGAUCCUUCAAAGUUGGGUCAGGCAUUAAUGCUAGAUACUAGAAAUUUUCAUUUCCCUUUUGCCAUUGUUCAGAGAGACAGACAUUAAUUAAAAGCAGAAAUAUAAGAAAGGAAAGCUUUCACCCUGUGACUUCCUAGCAGGGGACAGUGAUCUUGCCAAAACUUUUUCCCCUUUCCUGUUUUUCCCUAACCAGCCCCUUCCCACUCCUUGCCAGUGUAACCAUGCUUUCUUCUCUGUAGAUGCUAACGGUUCAAGCCCUUUACCCCAGGGCAUUUAACUAUCCAAUCAGAACAGCACAUCCUUUAGGGGAGGUAACCUGGCCAACAGUGGUAUCCAUCGUGUCAGCUCUGCUAGAGGGAAGGGGCCCAGGUCCUGCUGCCCGCUGGCCUGCCCCCUGCUCCCAUACCUAUUAUUGUGUCCAUAGGAGUACUAGGUAAGGGCUCCGUCUCUGUCAAGCCAUGUAACAAAGGACACUGUGGGAAAAUGUCUGGCAUCAGAGGGAGCAUGUGGAGAGCAGCUUGGGAGGAACAAGUUUAUUUUGUAUUGAAUGAUUUUUAAUGAAUGCAAUAUUAAUCCUUGCAGAUGAGCAAUAAUCAUUAAAGUCAAUUAAAAUGAUAAAACCUUAUUGGAA